CAGCCUGGAAAAAAGAUACACAGAGCAAUAUGCUGGGGAAAAAAAGAGAAAAUGAUCAAACUACUCAACAGACAUCAAUCCCAUUUUAUAAAGGAUAUCCAACAGAGACUGCUCUACUGUCAAUAGCUGAAACUCUGUGACUGGCAAGAAGUCACAUCAGCAAGCCACUGGGGUUUUUCAGGGUUCAGUCCUUGCAUCCCUUCUCUUCUCGAUCUGCGCAACAUCACUCAGUCCAAUCAUAAAGGCACAUGGAUUCUCUUAUCACUGCUACUCAGAUGAUACGCAGCUCCACUGGAUGUUACAGCCUGAUGACCCCCCCAUCUCUGCCUGCCAUUCAGAGAUCUCAGCAUGGAUGAAGGAAUGGCACCUUCAGGUCAAUUUUGCGAAGACAGAACUCCUAGUUAUCCCAGCCAACCCAUUUGUUAUCCACAACCUCACUAUUCAUCUUGGUUCAACAAUACCAUCAACAACAAAGACAGUCAGGAACUUGAGAGUGGUGUUUGAUGACCAGCUAAACUUCACCGCCCACAUCUCGUCAAACAUCCAAUCAUCUAGGUUUGUGCUUUACAACAUGAGGAACAUUAGACUCUUCCUGUCUAAAUAUGCUACUCAGCUCGUGGUCCAUGCUCUUAUCAUCUCAAGACUUGACUACUGCAGUGCUUUGUUGGCCGGCUUCCCCACUAGCAUGAUUAAGCCACUCCAGAUAGUCCAGAACAUGGCAGCCAGCAACGAUGUCACACCCCUCUUGAUCUCACUCCACUGGCUACCUGUAGCUAUCCGCAUCAAAUUUAAGGCUUUGACUUUGGCCUUCAGGACAGAAAAUGGAACAGCACCCCCUUACUUCAACUCACUUAUCCAGGUCUAUGUACCCUUUCGCUCUCUGUCGCCUGGUGGUUCCAUCGUAACAAAUAACAAAGUUACUCUCCAGAUCAUUCACUUUUUUUGUUCCUCAGUGGUGGAAUGCUCUUCCAACCUCCACCUGAUUAUUUAAGACCAUCUCAUCAUUCAAGAAACAGCUGAAGACAUAUCCCUUCCAUGAGCACUAAACCAGUCCACAAGCAUAAGGCACUUCUUAUUUAACUAAAAAAUGUAUUUCUCUGUCUGUUGUCCUACUCUAGCUAUUGGAACUUUGCAGUGUGAUACUGCAGAUAUUGUUGGCUUUUGUAUGACACAUUGCUUAAGUUCCUGAUUUGUAAGUUGCUUUUCAUACAGGCAUCUGCUUAUUGAUUUAAUGAAAAUGAAAGAUUUGAUUAGGGCUUGAAUGAAGUAUAAAAAAUGUAUCUCUAAGGGACUAGAGAGGUUUUAUAAGGUGUGUAUUAAGGGUGCAUUUGAGUUUUUGAAAAAUAUUCUACAUGAAGAAUGGUUUAUGCAUGAGAAUGUUGCAGAAAUGUAUUUUUGUUACUUGGCUAAUUAAGGCUUGUCAGAAUUCAAUUCAUUAUGUUAUUCUUUUACUCAUUCUAAAUA